CGACUGAUCGAGAUGAUAUCUGUACGCUUCUCACUCAUGAGGACAGUCGUCCACCCAAAAUCGAUGAAGCAGACGAGAUUCGUUUUAUACAACGAAAGACAUGCCGUAAGGGAACAACGUCAGGCAAAGCUAGCAGUUGCAGAAACAAGCAGUGGCAGUGUUGUUUCCUUUGCAUCUUCCGAUCGCCAGUGUGUCGUUACGUUUGCACCAACACCAAGCACUUCUACUAGCAAAAAGGACUCACUGAGAUCUCUCUCGUUAUAUUCUCCAUCGACUCCGGUACGAUUUAUCGGUCGCGUAGCUGAAGAGUGUGUUGUCAGUGACGAAGAGCUACUCAGGAAUGUGCUGUUAGCAUUGCAAGGUUCCGAAGGUCAUUACUUUGUGCAUCAGUCCAACUGUGAGCACCGGAAGCUAUGCUUGAGCAAUGCAUUUCAUCUGGACAAUAUCUACAGAUCAUGCUUGCUACAGCUGCUAACAAUCGCAAAUGCCUACUUGUUUCUUCAGUACGAAUGUAAAAAACCGAAAUCGGAUAUGCUUAUUCGGGCCUUUGAUACUGGUUUAUCGGAAGUAUUGGAUCGCUACUUGGCGAAAGUGGUCAGUUUCUACACUCAGGUCUCAAAGGAGUGCAAAUUUUCAGUUCCGUCUUCAAAGUUUACCGGUACUGCAUUUGUAACAUUUUUAACAUUAAGCGUUACUGCAGACUCUUUUGAAAGCGAGAAUUUGAGUAUUUUAUUGCAACCAAUGUUGUACAUCCUGCACGAAUGUCUCGCUACCUGGCUUCUUAAAGGCAAACUGAGCGACUUCGAAUUUGAAUGGAUGAUUGAGAAAGUAGCAGAUCAGUGGUAUGAAAACAGCUGGAAGGACGAGUACAGAAUUGUGAGCACAUCAAUCCCAGCUGUAUUGGAAUUGUCCGAAAAAAUUGUGGAAAAGAUUCUUUUCAUUGGGAAGACUGUUAAUUUGCUGUCCACGCUGGGCUUGGAAAACGAUUGUCGAGAUGAGAUGAAGCGGAUUUUUUCAUCAGUUGAUUCAUCAAAGUGUUAUUUGGAUAUUUUGCAUUUCGAUGAAUUGCGCUGUGCGGUUGACAAACUGCUCGUCUGUGCCAAAGAUCUGAUCGCCCGCAAAAUUAUCAAGAAAUAUGGCGUGCUCGAGCACAUCCGGACGGUUCAGGAGCUUUACCUGUUGGGCGAUGAAUGCUUUGCACAUAUCUUCUACGGCAAACUAAAGAUUUUGCAUAUUGGAUUCGUUGCGGACUUCUCGAGCAUUCCAGUUAGCAGCGGAAGAGUACUGCUUUUGGCCGCAAGAAAUAACGGAAUUUAUGAAAAUUGA